UGUAGUGACGGGGUUGUUAAAAUACACCCAGUUUCGUAUUUCAGCUUCUUUAUAAGAAGAAAAACAAACAAUACUCCCCACACACGGUAAUGUCUUCCCUCUCCGCGUUCACCGACACCCCUGUGGCAGCGUUAAACACACAGGAGAAGCUGCUGACUGACUUUCAGAGAGACUCUCAUCAGGACAAGGUUUACCUCGCGAGCAACGACUUUAGGGACACCCUGUAUACUGGGCAAGUGUGGAGAAGAGAUGUGUAACAUCAAGGACAUAGCCAUGAACUUAACAUUAGAGGGACCUGGAUUGGAGGCAUUCUAGAACAUUCCUGCCAUAUUAAUAACUCAUUGGAACACUGACAGAUCCUAACAAUACAACAAGUUAAAUACGUGGGUGAGGAAGGUCAGUCCACGAUGCUCCCUCUCAUCCUGAAGAUCAAGCAGCAGCUUGAAACUGACCCAACCCUUAACCCGGAGUACCCGCCUCCACUUGGCAUCCCGGAAUUCAGCAGGAGAGCAGUGGAGCUGGCCUUAGGCAAAGAGAGUCGUGCCAUCGUGGAGAAUAGGGUUUUGGGAGUGCAGACAGUGGGCAUCUCAGGAGCACUUCGUCUUGGAGCAGAGUUGAUAAGGAACUGCUACUGCCUCAAUUCCUCCUGGCCUGGCAGUGUUUUCCUACCCUCGCCAUGUGAUGAGUCCCUACCAGCUAUCUUUAAAGCAGCGGGCAUUGGGGAUGUGCAGCAUUAUCGUUACUGGAACAACAUAAAUCGCUGCGUUUGUAUAAAGGAAAUGGAGGAGGACCUGGACAAGGCUCCAGAUCAAAGUUUGGUGGUCCUGUCCGCUUCAGGACACUUUCCCACCGGAGCCGAUCUUUUACAAGAAGAAUGGAAACGUGUGACUGAAGUUAUGGUGAGGCGUCGGCUUCUGCCCUUCUUCCUGCUGCCGGCUCAGGGUUUGUGUAGCCGAGACAUGGAGCAGGAUUCCUGGAUUCUGAGAUACUGCGUGUCACUGGGGAUGGAACUACUGUGUGCUCAGUCUUUCUCUCACAAUUUCAGCCUAUAUGGAGAGAGAGUGGCUCACCUGCUGUUUGUUCUGAAGGAAAAUGGUUCUCUGCUGGCUGUCCAAUCCCAGGCAGAGAAGAUCGUCCGAACUCUCUGGUCCCGCCCACCAUCGGGAGGUGCUAGACUGGUUGCGACAGUGCUCAGCAAUCCCGCACAUCUGGUUGAAUGGCAAGGGGCUCUGAGGGGUGCAGGUGAGAGGUGCAUGCUGAUGAGGGAACGUCUCAGAGACAAACUGCGACUGCUUGGGAGUCCAGGCCCCUGGGAUCACCUGAUUAAGUCGGGAGGACUAUACUGCUGUAUCGGACUGACUGUUGAACAGGUGAAUUUUCUGCUGAAGAGGAUGCACAUUUAUCUGCUGCCCGAGGGCUGUUUGAACGUAAGUGCCAUCAACAGCGACAAUCUCGACUAUGUGGCAGAAUCCAUUCAUCUGGCUCUGACAUCUCAACAAUGACGUAACACAGUUACCAUGGUUUAUUUUGUGUUGUUUUUUUUUUUCUGUUUCCUGUGGCAGCUCAUAAACAACAAUGUAUUCGCGAUCCAGCGUGUGUUUUUACCGCUGCGCCACCUGAGCGGCUCGGAAUUUUAUUUUAAGUUUAAACACAUAAAGUUAAAUAAAAAUGCAAAUACAUAAAUUAUAUUGAGACACGGUCAGAAAACUGUCAGGCUCCAUCCUAAAUCAUCAUAAAUCUUACUAAAAUGCACACUCACACUGAGCAUAGCAAAAUUCACUCAAAUACACACUUUGGUCACAUUAGUUACUGGUUAUACAAGAUUUAUCAGUUCACAAGUCUUUAAUAUCAAACACAGUCAUGGACAAUUUUGUAUCUCCAAUUCACCUCACUUGCACAUCUUUGAACUGUGGGAGGAAACCGGAGCUCCUGGAGGAAACCCACACAGACUCGGGGAGAACAUGCAAACGUCACAAAGGACCCAGACCGCUCCACCUGGAAAUCGAAUCCAGGACCUUCUUGCUGUAAGGUGACAGUGCUACUCACUAAACCACCGUGCCACCCGCAGAUACUUGUAAAAUAUCUUCCACAGAGUGUAGCUAUUUCGAUUUAUUUAUUUAUUAGGAUUUUAUUGUCAUAUUUUACACACUUUGGUUACAUUUAUGACAGGACAGGUAAUUACCGUAGACCGCUUCACCUGGGAAUCAAACCCAGGACCUUCUUGCUGUAAGGCAGCUGAGCCACCGUGCCGCCCUGACAGUUGUCAAUAACACAUCUUAAAUAACAAAGCUUAAUAUGAACACAUGUGGCACUGUCUGUGCUCCAAAGAUAAAGUUUGUCCCAUUGCAUUGGCACUAAGUCUCCUGACAUUUCUUAUUUUUGUAAUAUUUACAUGCAGCUUUGAAUGUGUUCUGAGUGCUGUAAUCCUCUAAAUCUGGUUCCUGGAGGGAAAAGGUGGUAGAACUGUCACUGUGUUGUAUAAAUGUAUUUUUAAAUGUUAGUUGAGAAUGGUGUGCGGAUCAAUAUUUAAUGUUUGAUGAUUUUUCUUGUUAUUGCUAGAAGGGUAUGCAGAUUUUCAAAGCAUUUAUGUAUUUCAAAUGUAAGAAUAAAAUGUAUCG